GCGGGACCGAGCCCCGCGCGGGGAGCGGGCGCCAUGGUGCUGUCGGUGCCCGUGAUCGCUCUGGGUGCCACGCUGGGCACGGCCACCAGCAUCCUCGCGCUGUGCGGGGUCACCUGCCUGUGCCGGCACAUGCACCCCAAGAAGGGGGUGCUGCAGCGGGACCAGGACCCCGAUCCGGAGAAGGCGAAGCCUGGCGUGCUCCGGUCCCAGCAGUUCAACGUCAAAAAGUCCACAGAGCCCGUUCAGCCGCGAGCCCUCCUCAAGUUCCCAGAUAUCUACGGCCCCAGGCCGGCUGUGACGGCCCCCGAGGUCAUCAACUACGCUGACUACACGCUGAGGACCACAACGGAGCCCACUGCACCUGCCAGCCCCCAGGCCCCGAAUGACAGCCGCCUCAAGAGGCAGGUCACAGAGGAGCUGUUCGUCCUUCCUCAGAAUGGUGUGGUGGAGGAUGUCUGUGUCAUGGAGACUUGGAACCCAGAGAAGGCUGCCAGAUGGAACCAAGCUCCCAAACUUCACUACUGUCUGGACUACGACAGGCAAAAGGCUGAACUAUUUGUGACUCACCUGGAAGCUGUGACCAGUGACCAUGAUGGAGGCUGUGACUGCUAUAUCCAGGGCAGCGUGGCCAACACCGUGGGCUCCGUGGAGGCCCAGACGGCCCUGAAGAAGCGGCAGCUGCACACCACGUGGGAGGAAGGCCUCGUGCUGCCCCUGGCAGAGGGGGAGCUCCCCACAGCGACCCUGACACUGACCCUGAGGACCUGCGACCGCUUCUCUCGCCACAGUGUGGCCGGGGAGCUGCGCCUGGGCCUGGAUGGGGUGUCGGUGCCUCUGGGGGCCGCCCAGUGGGGCGAGCUGAAGACUUCAGUUAAGGAGCCGUCUGCAGGAACGGGAGAGGUCCUUCUCUCCAUCAGCUACCUCCCGGCUGCCAACCGUCUCCUACUGGUGCUGAUUAAGGCCAAGAACCUCCAUGCUAAUCAGUCCAAGGAGCUCCUGGGGAAGGAUGUCUCUGUCAAGGUGACCUUGAAGCACCAGGCUCGGAAGCUGAAGAAGAAGCAGACGAAGCGCGCCAGGCACAAGGUCAACCCCGUGUGGAAUGAGAUGAUCAUGUUUGAGCUGCCGGACGACCUGCUGCGGGCCUCCAGUGUGGAGCUGGACGUGCUGCGCCAGGGCGCCGAGGGGCAGAGCUGCCCGCUUGGGCGCUGCAGCCUGGGCUUGCACGCCUCGGGCUCCGAGCGCAGCCACUGGGAGGAGAUGCUGAAGAACCCGCGCCGGCAGAUCGCCAUGUGGCACCAGCUGCACCUGUAG